AUGGCUGAACCAAAGGCCUCAGAUGUCAUCACGCCGGUGGAUGGCCCUCUCGAAUAUGACUACUCUUCGACCGCAGGACCGGGCUCGGACUCCUCCAUGACUAAGGUCAUUCAAAAUGCAAAAGCAGCCACUGAGAAGGAGCAGUCUAUGACCUUGAUACAGGGUAUUCGGUUGUACCCUAAGGCCGUUCUUUGGAGCGUGCUCAUCUCCACUUGCAUUGCUAUGGAGGGCUACGAUAUUAGUUUGGUCAACAACUUCUAUGCAUUCCCGCAAUUCAAGCGCAAGUACGGUGAACUAAUAGGCAAUGACAAAUAUGAAGUAUCCGCAGCGUGGCAAGCAGGUCUGAGCAACGGUGCCUACUGCGGCGAGAUCAUCGGUCUAUUCAUCAACGGCUGGGCUUCGGAACGAUUCGGUUAUCGGUACACGAUUAUGACCUGCCUCAUACUUGUUAGUGCGUGGACUACAAUCUUCUUCACGGCCCAGAAUGUGCAAGCCCUGCUCGCAGCGGAGAUUCUCUGCGGUAUCCCCUGGGGUGUCUUCCAGACUUUGACGAUUACCUAUGCUUCGGAGGUGUGCCCCGUGGCACUACGAGGGUACCUGACGACCUAUGUCAAUUUCUGCUGGGGUCUCGGCCAGCUUAUUGGCAUCGGUGUGAUUAAGAGCAUGUUGAGCCGGACGGACGAAUGGGCCUACCGAAUUCCAUACGCCCUACAAUGGAUGUGGCCAGCGCCGCUCUUCCUUGGUAUUUGGCUUGCGCCCGAGUCCCCGUGGUGGUUAGUUCGGAAAGGCCGCACCGAAGAUGCGAAACGGGCCCUUGUGCGGUUGACCAGCAACAAAGAGGGAGAUUUCAACCCUGAUGAGACUGUCGCUAUGAUGGUUCACACUACCGCUCUGGAGGAAAAAAUCACUAAAGGUGCUAGCUAUCUAGACUGCUUCCGGGGUACCGAUCUUCGCCGCACAGAGAUUGUGUGUAUGGUCUGGGCUAUUCAAAAUCUUAGUGGAAACUCCUUUUCCAACUACUCGACCUACUUUUUGGAACAGGCUGGGUUGAGCUCCUCCAACUCCUACUCCUUUGCCAUGGGUCAAUAUGGCAUCAACAUGGUUGGUGUUUUCGGAGCAUGGUUCCUUAUGACACUCGGAAUCGGCCGACGGACAUUGUAUCUGUAUGGUCUUUGUGGUCUGUGUACCAUGCUUUUGGUCAUGGGUUUCCUCGGUCUCGUCCCCAAAGAGCAUAAAGACCAAGCCUCUCUGGCCACAGGUUCCAUGAUGCUGAUCUGGGCCCUAUUCUAUCAGCUGACCGUCGGUACGGUCUGCUUCUCCCUUGUAGCCGAACUCUCCACCCGCCGACUGCAAAUUAAGACAAUCGUGCUUGGCCGCAACUUGUACAACAUUGUCGCUAUCAUCUGCGGUGUUCUGACCCCUUACAUGCUGAACCCGGGCGCUUGGGACUGGGGAAACUACGCUGGCUUCUUCUGGGGUGGCAUCUGCUUCCUUUGCAUCAUUUACACGUAUUUCCGUGUCCCCGAGCCUCGCGGCCGCUCGUUCGCCGAGCUUGACAUGCUCUUUGAGCGUGGUGUAAGCGCUCGCAAGUUUGCGACGACUGAGGUGGACGUGUUUGGUGAGACCAUCGAGGGCCGUGUCGUUGAUGAUUACCGGGCGGAAAAGAACAACCGAACCGAUCCAAGCCAAUUGGAGAAAAAUCACGACUCGAUAUGA